AUGGGAAGCCAUGUCACAAUAUCAACUCCCUACAUGCACCAGCCAAGACUUAUAGUCACACAUUUGGAGGAAAAUUUCCUCAUAGUUCCUCAUCGGCACCAACAUGUGCAGCCUGUAAAAAUUAUUAAUUACUAUUUCAAAAAUAAUAUUUUUCAAUUUUUCUUCUUAGAUAAGGCUCAGUGCUCGGUGAUACCGGGUGACAGAAUAGAGUGCGGAUAUGCAGGAAUUAGUUCUGAAGAAUGCCGUUCCAGAGGAUGCUGCUUUGACUCAUCUAUUCGCGGGGUCAAAUGGUGCUUCCGCUCCAACGACUACAAUAAGGCUCAGUGCUCGGUGAUACCGGGUGACAGAAUAGAGUGCGGAUAUGCAGGAAUUAGUUCUGAAGAAUGCCGUUCCAGAGGAUGCUGCUUUGACUCAUCUAUUCGCGGGGUCAAAUGGUGCUUCCGCUCCAACGACUACAAUAAGGCUCAGUGCUCGGUGAUACCGGGUGACAGAAUAGAGUGCGGAUAUGCAGGAAUUAGUUCUGAAGAAUGCCGUUCCAGAGGAUGCUGCUUUGACUCAUCUAUUCGCGGGGUCAAAUGGUGCUUCCGCUCCAACGACUACAAUAAGGCUCAGUGCUCGGUGAUACCGGGUGACAGAAUAGAGUGCGGAUAUGCAGGAAUUAGUUCUGAAGAAUGCCGUUCCAGAGGAUGCUGCUUUGACUCAUCUAUUCGCGGGGUCAAAUGGUGCUUCCGCUCCAACGACUACAAUAAGGCUCAGUGCUCGGUGAUACCGGGUGACAGAAUAGAGUGCGGAUAUGCAGGAAUUAGUUCUGAAGAAUGCCGUUCCAGAGGAUGCUGCUUUGACUCAUCUAUUCGCGGGGUCAAAUGGUGCUUCCGCUCCAACGACUACAAUAAGGUUCAGUGCUCUGUGAGUCCAGCUGACAGAACAGACUGCGGAUAUCCAGGAAUUAGUUCUGAAGAAUGCCGUUCCAGAGGAUGCUGCUUUGACAAAUCUAUUCCCGGGGUCAAAUGGUGCUUUUUCUCCAAAAACUACAAUAAGGCUCAGUGCUCGGUUAGUCCAGCUGACAGAAAAGAAUGCGGAUAUCCAGGAAUAAGUUCAGAAGAAUGCCUUUCCAGAAGAUGCUGCUUUGACUCAUCUAUUCCCGGGGUCAAAUGGUGCUUCCACAAAAAGAUCUACAAUACGGCUCAGUGCUCAGUGAGUCCGGCUGACAGAACAGACUGCGGAUAUGCAGGAAUUAGUUCCAAAGAAUGCAAUUCCAGAGGAUGCUGUUUCGACUCAUCUAUUCCCGGGGUCAAAUGGUGCUUCUUCCCCAACAACUACAAUACAGCUCAGUGCUCCGUGAGUCCGGGUGACAGAAAAGAGUGCGGAUAUCCAGGAAUUAGUUCUGAAGAAUGCCAAUCCAGAGGAUGUUGCUUUGACCCAUCUAUUCCCGGGGUCAAAUGGUGCUUCCACAAAAAGAACUACAUUAACGCCCAGUGCUCGGUGAGUCCAGCUGACAGAACAGACUGCGGAUAUGCGGGAAUUAGUUCCAAAGAAUGCAAUUCCAGAGGAUGCUGCUUUGACCCAUCUAUUCCUGGCGUCAAAUGGUGCUUCUUCCCCAACAGCUACAAUACGGCUCAGUGCUCGGUUAGUCCGGCUGACAGAAAAGAAUGCGGAUAUCCAGGAAUUAGUACCAAAGAAUGCCAAUCCAGAGGAUGCUGCUUUGACUCAUCUAUUCCUGGGGUCAAAUGGUGCUUCUUCCCCAAAUUGCUACAAACGCCAACUUGACGAAGCUUGAAAGCCCAUGAAGUUUGUUUGUAUCUGGAAUUAGUGAUCUUCCUGACUAAUUUGUUAAUAUGUAUGCAGUAUGGAUUCUUUUUUAUUUGUUUUGGUUAUGUUAUCUCUGUACUUACUCAAACAAUACUUCAGUAGAUAGAUUUAUAUUUUGCACAUUGUAAUCGGUGUUGUCUUAUUAUGUUGCUAUAGUCAGAUUUUGGUUGGCUUAGUAAGGACUCUUCAUUUUGUUGAUUAUAGUUGAUUAUCGUUAUAGCUUAAUGUAGAUGUCAAAUCCAAAAUAAAUGUAAUUUCGUUU